AUGCCUUCCAACCCCUCCAAAACCUCUCCAGAACAUACGCAGACGAACCGGCCUGCGGUGUUCUUCCGGAACUCCGCCAUCGGCGACAGCAUCAUUCGCUCCGUCGACGGCGAACACUUCCACGUCCACGCCGACAUCCUGUCCAGCGCUAUCCCCUUAUUCGCAGAUAUGCUCUCCCUCCCCCAGCCUUCUUCCUCCACCGACAGUCCCCCUAGCGAUUCUGAAGUACUUAACAACUCAAAGAAGAAGCGCGUUAUCCUCACGCAAGAGUCCUCCACCGUCUGGACGACCUUCAUUCCCCUCUGCUACCUCCCGGGCUUCCGCCCGCCCGCGCUCCCCGCCGACCUCACGCUCGUCCGCGACCUCCUCGCCGCCGCCGACAAGUUCGAGCUGCGCGCCGCGACCGACUGGGUCUCCGCCUCCCUCCUGGGCCGCUGCCCGCUGCUCAAAGCGCACCCGCUGAGCGUGUACGCGCUCGCGUGGGCGUACAAGCUCCCCGAGGUCGCCCGGCUCGCCGCGCGCCGCGCGCUUGCGCUCUCCCCGGACGACUUCGCCGCGCUCCCGCGCGAGUUCGACGCCGUCGCCGCGAGCGAGGCCUUCGGCGCGCUGAACGCGUACCGCAUCGCGUGCAGCGCCGCCGCGCGCGCGGUCACCGCCGCGUCCGUGGACGGCCGCCUCCCGCGGAAUUACCUGGAGGAGCUUACGCGGGCGCUGGAGUUCAGGCCGCAUGCGGAGAUCGCGCGGUCGCAGGAGAUGAAGGAUAUCCUCUUGGAGAGCGUGGUGGAGAGGUGGGGCCGAUGCGAGGAGUGCCACGAAGGCGUCUAUCCAUUCUUGGUGGAUAACGUGACGGAGGCUAUUCGAACUGAGCUGGAAAAGGCCAUCGAGAAGGUAGGUCACCCUGAUGUUGUCGCAAGAGGUUUUCUCAAUCACCUUCGCGUCAGGUGA